AAUGGGAAACGUAUUGCUGACUACCAAUCUUUUGCUGUCACUGCUGCAGCCUCUUUGAUAAUAGGAGUCAGUGUUCAGAUUGCCUUAGAUACUAGCUACUGGACAGGAAUUAAUCAUUUCUUCAUCUGGGGUGGUAUUGCUGUGUACUUUGCAGUCCUAUUUGCAAUGCAAAGGGAUGGGAUUUUUGAUCUGUUUCCAGGCCAUUUCCCUUUUGUAGAUGAUGCUUGGAGCUCCCUGGGCCAAUUAAAUGUCUGGCUUGUCAUUUUCUUGACUACUGUGGUUUCAGUCAUGCCUAUGUUAACAUUUCAUUUUAUGAAGGUGGAUUUCAGUCCAAUGGUGAGUGAUCAGGUACGGCUGUUGCACUGAGCUAAAAAGAAACAGAAACCGUUACAAAGAUACAUGCAGCAGACACACAGAGCUAGCUCACAAAGGUCUGCGUAUGCUUUUGCUCAUCAAGAGGGCCAUGGGGAGCUGAUAACAUCUGGAAAAAAUAUGCACGUCAAUCUACAUUCAGCAUCAGGAACGGGAAAGGCUGUGCAGAAUAGAUGGAGAACUUGCAUAGGGGCAAUCCCCAGGGAAUACAGAGACUUGAGAAAAGCUUUUAGUGAGCGAGAGGCGGACGAGCUUCCUCCGCACCGCCCGACCGAUUGUGCCAUCGAACUAAUCCCGGGGCAAGAGCUGCCCAAGGCAAAACUCUACUCGAUGGCCUCCUUCGCAAAGACCCUGGAGCUACGUCCUUUCACCCUCGCCCUCCGGAACCGCCUCCGACGCGAGUGA